UGACCUGGGGUCUGACACUGCUAAUUAGAGCACACAGCUGCACUGCUGCCAUUUAAUGCGUGACAUGUAGAAAGGAAAGUCAGUGAAUCACCUCGGGUAUCAGACACUGCAUUCACUUUCUCGGGCUUGAAAUAGGAAAUCACUGUUGGGGAAAAUGGUUUCUCAGUUGGAAAAUGCAAUGGACAGCCUUAUCAAAGUGUUCCACACAUAUUCCUCCAAGGAAGGGGACAAAUACAAGCUGAGUAAAGCUGAGAUGAAGAGUCUUCUACAAGGAGAACUAAGUGACUUCUUAGCUGCUAGUAAAGAUCCACUGGUUGUGGAGAAGAUAAUGUCUGAUCUGGAUGAGAAUCGAGAUGGGGAAGUGGACUUUCAGGAAUUUGUAGUUCUGGUGGCAGCACUUACUGUGGCUUGUAAUGAUUUUUUCAUUGAGUCUAUGAAGGACUGAUGCCUGUUUAGGUUAUCUGGACUUUGUCUUCUACUUUAAUAAAAUGCAUUGCAGUGA